CUUUUUCUGUAUCUCCAAAGCCAUGACAGUUUAAAUAUACAGAUUUUAUGAAACAAGUAAUGUCUUUGACUAUGUUAAGUUUCCCCAGGCAACUCGGAGCAGAAGUAGUGAUAAAACAAUUUCUGCAUUUCUGAAUACUCAUUAUACCAUAUGAUAUACAAACUAUUUGGCAUUAAUACCUAGAAUAUUGUGCCUGUUCAGGAUAUUCAAUGUGGAUGUUAGAAUUGCUAUGAUUAUUCUAAGUCAUGAAAACAUGAUAUUUUUUUAAAAUCAUUCUUCUACAAAAUCGGUCCCCAAAAUAAGAUCAAGGAGUUGCUCUAACUCAGAUCUGCUUUCAUUAUUUCUGCAUAUUAAAAGACAACUAUUUCAGACAAAAUCUGAUUUUUGAAUAUAAUUUCUUGCCUGGAGUGAAGUGAAACAGCCUUUCCUAUUCCUUGCGAACGUUUUUUGGUUUUUUCCUCAUUCUGUUUCUUAGGCUGCCUGAUGUACAAAUGCAGAAUGGAGUUUUUGUUCCUUGCCAGGUGCCUAGCUAGCAGUAGCACAGGAAUAUAUGAAAAAAAUGUGGGCGUGGCUAUGGAUUCUGAAUCAAAGAACAGUUUCAUAGGAAGCUUUCUUCAGCCACCAGAUUGGAUGCUUCCUGCAGCCUUUGUUUACAAAGAAUCAAAGAAGUUGGCAGCUGCUGCUGGUGACAGGCCUUCUCUCCCAAAUAAGCAAGCUGUAGUGGCAGCUCUGAAAGCUCUGCAAGAAAAAAUCCAUCGUCUAGAGCUGGAGAAGUCCCAGGCUGAAGAUAAACUGUGCAGCCUGUCCAGAGCGGCUGCUCAGUACAAGAAGGUCUUAGAGGAUGAAUCCUACGAGAAGAACACAGCACAUCAACAGCUGAUGCAGAGGAAAGAUGCAAGUGUGCAGUUAAAUGCAGCACAAUCCCGCUGCUCCCUGCUGGAGAAACAGCUGGAUUACAUGAGGAAAAUGGUUUCCAGUGCAGAACUGGAAAAGAAAAUUAUUUUAGAACAACAGGCUCAGCUUCAGAAAGAGGAAGGUCAGAACCGGUUAGAACUGCAUGCAAAACUUGAAAAGCUUGAAAUGCUAGAAAAAGAGUGUCUUAAACUUACUGCUACUCAGAGAAUUGCUGAAGACAAGAUCAAACACUUAGAAGAAAAGCUGUGUAAAGAAGAGCAUCAGCAUAAGCUAAUACAAGAUAAAACUGCUCAGUUUCAAACAUCAUUUGAUGUAAACAGAAUUUUGAUGUCUUCAGUAACAUCUCAAUAUGAACCUGAAAAGGAAAAUGGGAAGAACAAAAAACCUAGGAAGAGAAAUCCUACAAUGAAGAAAAUGCAGCUUUCACGAUUACAUGUAAAGGCUGGUGAACUACCUUUUGUGGCUGGGAAGUCUGCCAGCUCCAGCCAUUCUGUCAGUGCAAACGUACAAAGCGUGUUGCACAUUAUGAAGCAUCGCAAUCCAUGUAUCUCAUUGCAAAGACAAGGAGGAGCUACAGCUGGGAUUUCAGGACACAGUGUGCUUUCAAAGUCUGUAUCCUCUUGUUCCACAACUCCCACUGCCACCAGGAGCUUUUCAGACCUUCUGUUGGCCUUACAAGACGAGCUGGGUCAAAUGAGUUCUGAGCAUCAGGAACUUCUGAAGCAGAUACAGGAGACUCAAGACUCCCAAGCUCGUGAAGACCUGGAACAGGAGCUGGAUUGGCUUGUAAAACAAAUGGAGAUGAAAGGAAAACAAAUAUCCAAGCUGAAAAAGCAUCAGGCUACUGUGCAGAAAUUAAAGAGAAAAACUCAAAAAUUGAAGCAAGGGGCAACUCAUGUCAAACUAAAGUGUGGUGAACAAAAGGAAGCAAGGGGGAAUGGAGUCACUGUAAAGGAAAGUAUGUCUAAACCUUGUCCUGGGCAGAAGAGCAGAAGUUCUCUUCAGCUGCUGAAAGCUGUGAGGAAACUUCAGCUAUCUCUGAAAAAAGAUGAUGUCAUCUGAGAAUAAUAGUUCUGAAGUUUGCUAUGUUAGAAGUUUUUGAAGUUGUCUGACACCUAGUAAAUUUUUAGUUGCACAAAAUACAUUUUAAAAAUAAACUAGAUACAGUGGACAUGUACAUUCUAAACUGCCUAAUCUCCAGUAGGUCGGUUUGUUCACCUUAGAAUUAACUUUCAUGUAGUGUAGCUGUAACUCAACUACACUUCUUUGUAAUAAAGUGUUUUAAUGGACUAAUGAAAUGUUACUAUUUGUUAACUUGUCAAAUAAAAUUUUAUACAUUUUUACACUUAAAAUAUUAUAUGAUCUUUGGCAUCCUAUUUUCCCAGCCACCGAGGAGAUAUUUAGAGCUUGCUUUUCCAGAAUGAUGUGUGCUAGUGCUUCUGUAUAAAUAAAAACAAAAGUCUUCCUUUCUCUAA